CGCGGGGCGGCGCGACGCGUGAUGGCGGACAGAGGGCGGGUGAAUGAAUUCUCCCGGAGGACGAGGCAGGAAGAAGAAAGGACCGGCCCCAGAUCCAGACCCGCCCGAAGGCCCCAGCGACAGGCUCUCGCUCCACAAGCGUAACCUCUACUACUUCUCCUACCCGCUGGUCGCUGUCUUCACCUUCCUGCGCUUCCUGGCCUUCCAUCUCUGGCUCUUCUUCGCCUACGUCUGCCAGCGCCUGGCCGAGAUGGCAUCGCGCAAGAGCACCCCCACCGUCACCACCGUGGACCCGGAGCAGAUCCGCCAGAGCCACCGCCUGGCCUUCGAGUACAUCUCCACCGCCCUCGGCAUCGACGAGGACGAGAGAGGACAGAAGAAAAAAGCUGUGGAGUUUUACAAAAAGGGAAUAGCAGAACUCGAGCAAGGGGUUGCAGUCCGGAUCUCUGGAUCAGGUGAGCAGGUUGUUCGAGCCAAGCGCCUGCAGAGCAAAAUGACAGACAAUUUGAUCAUGGCCAAGGAUCGCCUAGAACGGCUAGAGCAGAUGCUAGCUUGCACAAAGACUUCCAAGCCUGAGAGAGAGAUGUGUAGAAACAACCCAACCCUAACAUGUCCAAGUACAUGGAUCCAGUCAGAAAGUGGAGCCAUUCCAAAGAAAAAGGAUCCUUUGAUGCACACGAGCAAUUCUCUCCCUCGUUCGAAGUGCACAGCAAAAACCUCUUCACCAGGACAGGGUGGUCAUCACAGGGCCCAGAGCUGCAGUGGAAUCUCCAAUGUCGCUGGGACAUCACGAGCACCUGCUCAGCCUAGUACCUCAACUGCCAAGGCCACAAGUUCAAGGCUCAACAGACCAAACAAACCUACCACCCCUGUUGGAACUCCUCAGAAGAAGAAAGACAUGAAAAAUUUUCGUAAUGUUGACAGCAAGCUGGCAAACCUAAUCCUGAAUGAAGUGGUGGACAGUAUGCCAUCGGUCCGCUUUGAUGACGUUGCUGGACAAGAGCUGGCGAAGCAGGCUUUGCAGGAGAUUGUCAUUCUUCCCACUAUCAGGCCUGAAUUGUUCACAGGACUAAGAGCCCCAGCUCGAGGAUUACUCUUGUUUGGCCCACCAGGAAACGGGAAAACAAUGUUGGCUAAAGCUGUGGCUUCCGAAUCCAAUGCAACCUUCUUCAAUAUCAGUGCUGCAAGUCUUACUUCUAAAUAUGUUGGAGAGGGUGAAAAGUUGGUGAGAGCUCUCUUUUCAGUAGCUAGAGAGCUUCAGCCAUCUGUCAUUUUUAUUGAUGAAGUAGACAGUCUCCUUUCUGAGAGGAGAGAAGGAGAAAACGAUGCAAGCAGGCGCAUAAAAACAGAAUUUUUAAUAGAAUUUGAUGGGGUGCAGUCCAGUGGGGAUGACAGGGUCCUAGUAAUGGGAGCAACAAAUAGGCCGCAGGAGUUGGAUGAUGCUGUUCUCAGGCGUUUUACAAAGAGGGUGUUUGUCUCACUGCCAAAUAUGCAAACGCGGUUGUUGCUGCUUACAAAUCUUUUGGCCAAACAUAAAAAUCCACUGAAUCAAAAGGAUCUUGAGCAGCUGGCCAAGCAGGCUGAAGGAUAUUCAGGUAGUGACCUGACUGCACUGGCGAAGGAUGCAGCUUUGGGUCCAAUUCGAGAACUCAAGCCGGAAGAAGUGAGGAGUUUGGCUGCCAGUGAGGUAAGGAAGAUCCGCCUGUCUGACUUUGAGGAUUCUCUAAGGAAGAUCAAGCGCAGUGUGGGCCCUCAAACACUCGAGGGGUACAGGAGCUGGAACGAGGACUACGGAGACACUGCUGUACAUUUGUGAUGGAUCAAACCAGUAUCGGCUCUGAUCGCUGCUUUAAUGGACAUUCCUUGAUCAAGGAGCGCGAUGCGGGUCGUUAGCAGUAAAAACGUGGGCGUCCAAAGUUGUUUCGUUACUGGUUCUAACUGGAAUCAGGAACACAAAAGCUGAUGGGAAAGGUUUACACAAAGGACUCAUUUCCAUUAUGUGCUGUAUCCUUUUAAACUAAGUUUCUGGAGUCGUUGACGACCAGGUGUGUGGUCAAAGAUCCGGAAGCCCAAUGAAGAUUAAGUUGGGGGGGUCUAGAAAUAGUCAAGAAUAUCAUCUGUAUAUUUUGUUUCUGAUGUAAAGUUGGUCCCUGUUCAGAGUAUAGUUAGUAGAAGCACAAAAAUAGGAAGAUUCGUGCCUUAGGUUUGCAGUACACUUAUGACCUAUCACCUUUGGUUCCUUUUGCUCCUGUAACUAAUGAGGACUUUUAAAAGAAAAAAUAUCCGCUAGUGUUAUUCUUUUCUUCAAAUCAUUGAAUAUGUUCAAUAGUGCCAAAUAAGUUGCUGCCUGCACGCUAUCUUUUGUAAAAGAAAUAUUUUCAGUUAUCAUCAGCUUUUAAGAGAUUCUUCCUUAUUUUGAGCAAUUCCACCACUUAAUAGCUUUGCUUUGGUGUUUGGAUGUUCCAGUGUGUUAUUUUUGGGGUAGACUUGGUGCAAAAGGCUUGCACACGAUGGAGGAAUAACAAAGUGCUGUUUGUAGAGUUCUGGUUCAGUGUGAGACUUCUUCACCCCCUCCCAGGCCUUUUCUUCAUUUAGCUGAAUUCUGUGGAAAACCUUGUUGCAGGGGGGAGUUACCUGAAAUAUUGUAAUACUGAGGUAGGUCUAUGACUAUGCUAUAAGCAACAUUUCUUCUGAGCUGCUGCACUAGUAAUAGGGGAAUCAUUAUCUAGGAUUUGUACAUGGAGUGAUUUUUUCCCCCCGUGUAUCAUUGUUAACAUUGCAGCUCGUGGGAUGAAGUGAGAGCAGUAGGAGGCAGGAUAUCGGGGAGUGUAUUUUCUUUUAAAGAUAAAAAAUAAGUUUCAGGACAAUAGCAGAAUGCUUUUAUCUACACCUCUCUCUUGAAGUCCCUGAAUGAGAUUGUCCAGUGUGUUGAUCUUAAAAGGCAACAGUAUUAUCAUUGUUCUUUGUCAACCACAUUUAUUUGUGCUGUUCUGUUUGCCUUUGAUGGUUGUAUAGCUACACUUUAUUAUCGUGUUCUCCAUCGUACCACAAUCCUCACGUUCUGUCUUAAUGUUGACAGGAUGUUGCAUAUUCACGUUACAUUUGUUAAAGGCACAAAAUAAUUUUCUAGAACAGUGAGUGUAGUUUAAAACAUGCUUGAUUCUUUGUGAAGUGAUUUAGCAUGCCCUGAGGCCAUGAAAUGUCCAUUAGAUGCAUAUUAAAAAAAAAAAAACUUUUAAAGCAAUGGAUGGAUGACCCUGGAAUUUAAAUGUUCCGUGAGUUAACGUGGACUUUAUUAAUUCCAUUGGCUUUCCACUUGAAUUCUAGUUGCAGGGAUCCCGGUGUGUGUCUGUACGUUGGAUGAGGUGGGGACUCGGGCAGCUAGGUAUAUCCGUUAAGAGGUAACCUGAUCAAUGUGAACUGAGAAGGUGUUUCUGCUUUUGGAGGGUUUUAUGCAGCUUUUUGUACCAACUCUACCUCAUUAAACAGCUGUGCUGUGUAGUUUUCCUACAUCAUGCUGUGCUGGUGCACCUAAUCACUUCCAGCUUUAUAGCAUGGUGCAGUUACCUUUUUUACUUUGAGAUGCAUCCGACCAAGCGAUAUUGGCAGAGCUUUCAUGUAAUAUUUUGUAACCAUUGGAAGGUCUUGUACUGCAGACUAUCUGAAUGCGAGACCUGUGUUGAAAGGCAAUGACCAUGAUAGUGGGCAUGAAUGAAGUGUCCUAGAAUUCAGAAAAUGCUGAAAUAGUAAAUGGGCUGAAAGUAAACACCCAGUACCUUUGCUAAUCAGUUUUAAUCUGUGCUUUGAAGUUCUCUUCCAAACUUUCUCGCUGUAAUCUGUGAUUUUACACUGCCAAGACCUUUGUCGAAUUAACUUAACUAAUGCAAACUCCACAAACUUUGAUAACUUUUUAACAGUCCUUUAACAGGUUUUAACAUCAUUGCAUUGAACUUGACAUGAUUAGGAAGUUUAAAUAUGAGCAUGGUGUUCAAGAUUAGCCAGUGACUUAGUUUUAUUUUAACAUUUAUAAUUCCAAUACUCUGAUCCUGCUGAAACUGAUAUAAAGGUGAAGUGUCCCAAUUAGUAUAUAUUGUAUUUUUGGAACUUAUUUUGUUUUGUAUAGAUAUGCAUGGAUGAUUUAUUUUGGUCUGUUGUUUUUCAUGUCUAAUAUAUUGAUAAAUAAAUUUUAAAUUGAAGCUC